GAAACAUAACCUCAGGAGUCAGGUCCUUCCCCUCACUGCUGUUACACACUCCAGAGGAGAGGACUAAGCACAAAAGGCAGCUCUUGUCAGCUGAGGUGCUUGCUGCCGCUGCAGACUUUCUCGAGAGCUCUCUUCGUUGACAUCUACUCAGGCAAGAUGUUGGUACUACUGGCAGGGAUCUUUGUGUUCCACAUUGCCACAGUCAUCAUGAUAUUUGUCUCCACCAUUGCCAAUGUUUGGAUGGUUUCCGAGAAUGGAACCUACUCAGAAGGUCUUUGGAGUGCCUGUCGAAAUGAAAAAUGUGAUGUGACUCUAGCGUAUGGAGGUGAUGAUGCCCUCAAAUCCGUGCAAGCCUUCAUGAUCCUGGCCAUUAUCUUCUCUGUCAUUUCUCUCAUCAUUUUCAUAUUCCAACUCUUCACCAUGGAGAAAGGAAACCGGUUCUUCCUCUCGGGUGCCAUCAUGCUGGUUUGUUGGCUCUGCAUUCUGAUUGGAGUUUCCAUUUACACUGAUAAAUAUGGCAAUGUGGGCCGAAACGCCACCCAUAUCAAUACCUAUAAACUUGAUCACCAUGGAUACUCCUUCAUCCUGGCCUGGAUCUGCUUCUGUUUUAGCUUCAUUAUUGGUGUCCUCUAUCUGGUCCUUAGAAAGAAAUAA